GACCUUGUAGGGACGGCGAUCUUAAGCCGAUGCGCGACAGGCUUUUAAAAAUCCUUCUGCGGAGCUCUGGAUUGGCUCGCCCCGUGAAGGGGUGGGGGAAGUGGUCCUCUGACAGCUCCCGGGGUGUGCCCGCGCCGGUCCUGGCACAGAUGCCCCAGACGCCCCCCCCUCGUGCAUCAAGCAAGGAGUGGCGCUGCACGAGCCAGGGGAGGGCCGGAAAGGAAAGAGGCGGCGUUUGGGCUCCGCGGCAUCCCGCCAGCGGAAGGGUCAGCCGGGGAAAUCCACGCGCGCAGCAGUCCAAGCCCAGCAGCGGCUCCUGCAGCCGGAGCGAAGCCGGCGGGAAGCGUCCGGCGAGCUGCGCCAGGCAGGCGGAGGUGCUUGUUCACAGCCAGUGAAAAGCCAUGGCACAGCAGCGUUGACCUGAACUGCAGAUUUGGGGCCGCCCAGCGAUGGGUUGUGUGCAAUGCAAAAAGAAGGGGGUAAGCAAGAACCAGAACAAUGGCAGUGACGGGGCAACCGGCCAGCCUGCCAACUCCUGCUACGACCUCAAUUCCACCCAGCAGAACCCCUCCAACAACUUCCCACGCAUCCCAGAUUUCAACAACUUCCCAGGGACGCCGGGGCCUUCUACACCUGCCUUCCUUCCAGGCUCUGGCUUCUACCCUACUCCUUCCCUGCAUUCACAUGGAGGUGGGGUUGCAGGUGGAGGAGUGACCCUUUUCGUCGCCUUGUACGAUUACGAAGCCCGGACAGAGGACGAUCUCACGUUUAUGAAGGGAGAGAAAUUCCACAUCAUCAACAAUACAGAGGGAGACUGGUGGGAGGCCCGGUCUCUGAGCACGGGAGCAACGGGUUACAUUCCUAGCAAUUACGUGGCACCUGUGGACUCCAUCCAAGCAGAAGAGUGGUACUUUGGGAAAAUUGGCCGUAAGGAUGCAGAGAGGCAGCUCUUGUGCCAUGGCAACCCCCGGGGGACCUUCCUCAUUCGCGAGAGCGAGACCACCAAAGGUGCCUACUCUCUGUCUAUCCGCGACUGGGACGAGAUGAAAGGUGACCACAUCAAGCACUAUAAGAUCCGGAAGCUGGACAGUGGAGGCUAUUACAUCACCACGCGGGCUCAGUUUGAGACUGUGCAGCAGCUGGUCCAGCAUUACAUAGAGAGAGCCGCGGGGCUCUGCUGCCGCCUGGCCGUGCCCUGCCACAGGGGGAUGCCCAAGUUGGCAGACCUUUCCGUCAAAACCAAAGAUGUUUGGGAGAUCCCACGUGAAUCACUGCAGCUCAUCAAGAAACUGGGCAACGGGCAGUUCGGGGAAGUGUGGAUGGGCACAUGGAAUGGAGCCACCAAAGUAGCCGUCAAGACCCUGAAACCAGGGACCAUGUCUCCGGAAGCCUUCCUGGAAGAGGCCCAGAUCAUGAAGCGUCUGCGGCAUGACAAGCUGGUGCAGCUCUACGCUGUGGUGUCGGAGGAGCCCAUCUAUAUUGUCACUGAAUUCAUGAGCCAAGGGAGCUUGCUGGAUUUUUUAAAAGACGGAGACGGGCGCUUCCUGAAGCUUCCGCAGCUGGUGGAUAUGUCGGCCCAGAUUGCAGCUGGAAUGGCGUACAUCGAACGGAUGAACUACAUCCAUCGAGACCUGCGGGCCGCCAACAUCUUAGUGGGAGACAAUUUGGUGUGUAAGAUUGCUGACUUCGGCCUGGCCCGCCUCAUUGAGGAUAACGAAUACACAGCACGCCAAGGUGCCAAAUUCCCCAUCAAGUGGACUGCUCCUGAAGCGGCUCUUUACGGCAAAUUCACCAUCAAGUCAGAUGUAUGGUCCUUCGGCAUCCUCCUGACUGAGCUUGUGACCAAGGGCCGAGUACCAUACCCAGGCAUGAAUAACCGGGAGGUGUUGGAGCAGGUCGAACGGGGGUACCGCAUGCAGUGCCCGGGGAACUGCCCGCUCUCGUUGCAUGAGUUGAUGGUGCAGUGCUGGAAGAAGGAACCCGAGGAGCGGCCCACCUUUGAAUACCUCCAAUCCUUCCUCGAAGACUAUUUUACCGCCACAGAGCCUCAGUAUCAGCCGGGUGACAACCAAUAAUAGUUGCCAGGGGUGUCAGCUGGGACUCUUGACCACGGACAGCCCACUAUGUCCCCUUGUAGGGCUGUGGCACUUUGGGACUGUGUAUACAAACAGCUCCUUCCCUCUCCAAAGUGGAGGGGAGCAGGGGGGUCUCUUUUUGUACAAUUGGGGUUGAACUCUGAGGUUUUUUAAAACAAUUCUGCUUUGGGGAGGGUUUUGUUUGGUUGCGAAUUUAUGUUUGAAAUUCUGCCUCUGUCCAGGUGACUGCCAUGCCAGAAUGACAAACCGAGGUUAGGAUUAGCGAGGUGAGAAAGUGGGUUUUGUAAAGUGUGCCCCUUCCUUCUCCGCUGCUGCCACCAAAAAAUACAACAGCACCCACACCCUGAGGAAAAACAGAGGCCCCAAAAGGGAGCCUGUUUCUGAGGCUUUCCCCCCAAAAGGAAGCCUGUUUCUGUUGGCUCUCCCCCCCCCGCUCGCCCGCCCGCCCGCCCCGCCCCCCCGCCCCCCACCCACACACUCAGACCUUUUAAACAGAAAUCCUGUCAGGGGAAACUAAUCUAUAGAUAUAAAUGCUGCCAUCAGAAACUGAGGUGACAAUAUGUCUUAGAGAGGUGUUUGAAAGAGUAAACACAAAACUGGAUUUUAUUUAACAAGAAUCAUCCCUUUUUUCCUUCCCUGUCCCAAACCUGUUGUGCUGGAAGGUGAUAAUGAGAACUCAUCCACCUCACAGGGUUGUUGUGAGGCUAAAAUGCAAGAGGGGAGAAUAUUGCUGAAAUAUGAUGAUUGAUGGCAAUGAUGA